AUGAAGCAGAACCCUAGCCCAAUUAAGCUCCGGGAGGCUCAGAUUUCUCCCCCAAGCACCGGUUCCCCCACCCCCACCCCACGCCGCCACCUCCAGCCCCUCCGGCAACCACUUCACUGCCGCCGCCCCCGCCUCCUCGACGCCCACGACGCCACCCCCAGGGGCCUCCCCAAUGACCGCGCCGCUGCCCCCAGGGGCCUCCCCGCCGACCGCGCCGCCGUCCCAGGGGCCUCGUCGACGACCGCGCUCCUUCCCCAGGGGAUGUAUGUUCCGUCUCAGAAAACUGAUGAUGGGAUGCAAGAACCAAUAGGGUACUGGGUCAUCCCAUGGAAAUGUCGCUUCUGGUUCUCCUGAGCAUUGAAGAUAACAAAGACAACACUAACAUGGACUGAAAUAGUGAAGGGACAGUAAAACCUCUAUUGUGCAAUAAAAAGUGCUCUUCUUUUAUGUUAGAGUGUAUUUGGUAAAACUCCAAGGGACUACAUGUGGAAUGAAAUUAACCUCUCGUGUAGUUAUUAGAAAUCUAGUAUAUAUGUGUUAGAGUGAAAAGGCUUCUGUUAUGUAGUUGGGAUGCAACUUUGGAUUUUGUGUAAGUUAGAAUUGAUGUGUAAACUCUUGAACUAGCAUCAAAUUUUAUCUGGUUUGAACUUGUGAACCAGUCUGAAAUUUAGGGAGUAAAUUUGUUUUUGUCAUGGCUAAUGCAUAUGCUACUGAUUCUA